UGCUGCUGACGAAAGCAAUGACACACUCACCUACUGCCACGUGCCGACUGCGUUCACCUUCUAUUUCUAUAUACACCUCCCCUCGACAUCACUCACCCACGCACGUGUAUAUUUUUUACUUCUCAUCUUCCUAUAAAAACCCCAUUUCUUCCUCUCUCGCAACUUCGAACUCCAAAAUCGCAUACCACACACCAAUUCAACAAUAACUAAAACAACACACUAAUGCAAGGUGCUUUAGACUUACCACCUGGCUUCAGAUUUCAUCCCACUGAUGAAGAACUUGUCAAUCACUACUUAUGUAGAAAAUGUUCUUCUCAACCCAUCGCUGUUCCCAUUAUCAAAGAAAUCGAUUUGUAUAAAUUUGACCCAUGGCACCUACCCGAAAUGGCACUUUACGGUGAGAAAGAAUGGUAUUUUUUUUCUCCAAGGGACCGUAAAUAUCCAAACGGUUCAAGACCGAACCGGGCUGCGGGAACCGGUUAUUGGAAAGCUACUGGAGCCGAUAAGCCGAUUGGAAAGCCGAAGCCGCUUGGGAUAAAGAAAGCACUGGUGUUCUACGCUGGCAAAGCUCCUAAAGGAGUUAAAACCAAUUGGAUCAUGCACGAGUAUCGCCUUGCCAACGUUGAUAGAACCGCAUCCAAAAAUAAUCACAACUUGAGACUUGAUGAUUGGGUUUUGUGUCGAAUUUACAACAAGAAAGGGAAGAUUGAGAAAUACAACAGCGUCAACAAAGUAUCAAUGUUUUCUGAGGAUGUUCACUUUGAGAAUGAGAAGAAGCCUCAGAUCAAGAUGAACGGCCAGGAUGAUUUCAGGAUUAAUGAUCACACGGACACGUCGGAUUCGGUGCCACGUUUUCACACGGAUUCAAGCUGUUCGGAGCACGUGGUUUCGCCGGAUGUCACGUGCGAAAAGGAGGUCCAAAGCGAGCCCAAGUGGAACGAAUUUGUUUUGGGCCCGGACCCAGUUUCGGCCUUUGAUUUUCAGUUGAAUUUUAUGGACGAUGGAGAAGAUGACCCUUUUGCCCCUAAUGCUCAGUACCAAAUGAAUCAACUCUCGGGUUGGCAGGAUUUGUUAAUGUACCUACCCAAGUGAUUUGGAUUGGUAAAUUAUUUUAAAUAGGUCACGGUCAUGGUCAUGGGGUUUGAAUGAAAAUGACCAUUUGGGAGCAUGGGAACUCCUGAUAAGGAAGGGUCCCAUAGGUAUUUUUUAAAUUGGUUGUAGACAAAAAUCACAUUCACACCUACCAAAACAACUACUAACUCCAAAUGGUGCAUGCUUGUUCUAGGGUGGGUGAUUAUUAGGGAUUGUUGAAUUUGGCUGAUAUUGAUUUGUUGUAUGGUUGAACUUUAACAAAAAUCUCAAUUCUCAUCUCAUUAGUCAUGUUAGGGGUAUAUGGUAGUGUUAAUAUGUAAGGACUCCCGUAGAAAAUUCUUGUUCCAUUCAUAUACUUGUAGUAUGAAUUUUUCUAGGUUCGUUAUUUAAAUUAUUUAUAAUCUAGUGUAUUUUCACUUCUACUUUACAAGGAUAAAUAUAUAAAGUUGCAAUUCAUUGGUAAGAAUA